AUGCAGAUCAAGCGAGCUCUGCCCCUGGCACUCGCCGGUGCCGUUCUGGCGCAGAACCAGAACGUCAGCGUUGUGCCCCUGGCCACUGCUCUGGCUUCGCAGUCUGAACUUACCAACCUGCUUGCCAUCCUCGGCACGCAGCCGACCUUCCUGGCCCAGCUAUCGCUCACCCAGAACGUCACCUUCCUGGCGCCCAACAAUGCGGCCAUGGACGCCUUCCUCAACGGGCCCAACGCGACGCCGGCCAACCACCAACGCCGUCGGCGUGGCCGCGCUGCUGAGCUAUCGCACAGAACCGUCCUCGUCAACACGGCCCUCAACCUGGCCCCCUACUCCAACAUCACGGGCGGCCAGCGCGUGCUCAUGAAUCGCACCGACGGCAACGCCACCAUCACCUCUGGCCGGAUGGACAUGGCCAGGAUCGUCACCUCGAACGUCAACUUCAUCGGCGGCACCAUCCACAUCAUCAACCGGGUCCUCACGGUCCCGCUCAACGACACGCGGACCAUGAUGGACAUGAACCUGACGGCGACCGUGGGCGCGAUGCGGCGGGCGUCGGUGGCCAACCGCAUCGACACGCGGCGCGACGUGACCAUGUUCGUGCCCAGCAACGAGGCCUUCAACCGCAUCGGCAGCCUCGAGAGCAGCCUGUCGACGGAGCAGCUGGCCAGCAUCAUGAACUACCACGUCGUUGACGGGCAGCUGCCGCUCUACUCGGCCCAGCUGCGCAACCAGUCGGUCAACACGCUCAACGGCGCCCAGCUCACCUUCACCAACAACAGCGGCGUCAUGUUCGUCAACGGCGCCCGCAUUGUGCAGCCCAACGUGCUGACAAACAACGGCGUCAUGUACGUCAUUGACAACGUCCUCAACCCCGAGAGCACCUCGGCCCGCCCCGCCGCCUCGGCCACCACGGGCUCGCCCGCCUUUGCCGACGCCACCAACGGCCCCAGCGGCGUGCCCUUCACCUCGGGCAUCGCCGGCCCCGAGCCCACCCAGGGCCCCGGCAACGGCAACGGCAACGGCGGCGGCAACGGCAGCGGCAACCCCGGCAGCGGCAACGGUGGCAACAACGGCGGCAACAACGGAGGCAACCCCUCGGGGGGCGCCCGCAGCGCCGCCUCCCCCUCCUCCUCGGUCGGCACCGCCGCCGCCGCCGUGGCCGCCCUCCUUGGCGCCGCCGCGCUGUUCGCCAGUUGGUGA